AUGACUCUUCUCUUUGAGAAAAGACAAACAAAAUUUUUAGCUCUCAUUUUCUUCAACCAAACAGAGAAUCUUUAUAGUCACAAUUUGCUUGAAUUAGAGCUGAAGCAUGCAUGGCUUUCUGUAGAGAAUAUGAAUCCAAUGCCAAUGCUAACAAGUUUGACACUGGAGUUCAUACGAUUAGAAGACAAGAACCUAACCGAGUUGAACAAAAGCUUCCCUAAUCUUCUAGUUCUUAACUUGAUAGAUGUUAGAGGACUUAAGAGACCAAUGAUCCACCUUCUCAACCUUAAAACCUGUCAGUGGAUCAUAACCGAUGCAUCACCAUGUUUAAUUCUAAUCACACCCAACCUCACCACACUCAACCUCGAGUGUAGAAAGGUUGUUGCACUCUAUAUUGAAGCUCCUUUGUUGAGUAAUUUUCAUCUUGCCAUUGACCAUUUGGGCGCAGUCUCAGUUAGAACUUUUAAAAAUCUGAAAUCAUUAUCCCUCAAGUCUUCUUAUAUUUGUUCCUUAAUUCAAAAGUUUCUGCAUUUUAAAACUAUAGAAAAUCUGACGUUGAAUUCAGGAGAUUUCGCUGUAGGGGCAUUUGAUGAUUCCAAAUUUACCAUAAAGAAAAUGUUGACUUAUUUCCGGACCGUGACUUCCUUAUGUUUUAACACACGUGCUUGGUUGUCAUUUGAGGCGCGUUAUGAAUCAUUUGACCGGGUGUGUUUGGACGGGAGGUUAGGAUUGACAACAUUUCGUGGGUAUCUGUUGAGGGUUGACCCUGCAUUGACUUUCUCCUUGGUUGCUUGUGUGUUAGACCAAUGCAAAGACUUGGUAGAUGUUUCUUUACUCAUCCAUCGUGAUCAUGCUGCUGCUCAUGUAUCGAGACGUUUUAUGGAUUGGUGCGUGGCUGGGUGGCCUAGACUAAACUGGAGAUGGGGGGCAUGGGAGGAAGGAACCGAAGAUACAUGGAUAACCAAUGGUAUACCGAAUGCACAAGUCAAUUAA